AUGCGACUCAUUGUAUUAUUGUUAGUUAUAGUCAAUAUAGUUUUGAGCAGAAGCGUAGAAUCGAUAGAUUUCCUUCAAAAAUAUGGAUAUUUGACUCGUGGAAAUAAUCAAGUGAGCUCCGAAAGUUUGAAAGAAGCGUUGAAGAAUAUGCAACGAAUGGCUGGAUUAGAGGAGACGGGGAUUCUCGACGGACGAACCAUGUUUAUGAUGCAACAGCCGAGAUGCGGAAUUGAGGAUAUGCACUCAAGUAAUCGAGUUGCUCGAGCUUCGAGGCAAUUCAAAUGGAAUCAAAAGAAAAUUACGUACAGAGCGGGCGAAGCGAACGAAUGCAGCACGAGUGAAUGGAACGAAGCGUCGAAAAUUGUUGAUGGGCGAAUCGAAUCGGAAUCGAAUGGGCGUGGCCACUCAGUGAGCCGGCGAGCAGCGCACAAAAAAUCGACGGCAAAAAGUUUUGAGCGACGAAUCGACGGAAACAGUGCGUCGAGGGACGAGACGAGCGAGACGCCGCUUCGGCAGCUGGCGUGCUUCGGACCGAGUUUAACAGGCCUCGUCAUCGCCACCAGAAGUCGCGUCUGGUCAACCGCACUGCUUUUAUUUGAUAUCGAUUGAAGGGCCAUAAGACAGGCUGCAGAUCAAUGGAGUUCACUGGCAGAUAUCGAGCUUGUCGAAUCCGGCGACAACGACGCAAACAUUGUGGUAUCGGCUGAGCGUGCUCGUCAUGGCGAAUGCCACUUUCCGUUCGAUUUGCAAACUCUUGCCCACGCAUUCUUUCCGCCAUCGGGCCGAAUUCAUAUCAACGCCGAUGUUCAGUUCAGCAUGCGAAAUUAUACCGAUAAUUACACAGAACACUCAUUGUAUUCAGUAGUGGCUCAUGAAUUCGGUCAUGCUCUUGGAUUCGAACAUAAUCCGGACAGUGCCAGUAUCAUGUAUCCUUAUGAUAUUCCACGACAAUGGAGGUUCACCGAGAUGGACAAAUACUAUAUGAGAAUGUAUUAUGGGACAAAACCAGGAAAGAAAAUCGAGAAAGAAAAAGAAGUUGUCGAAAAAGUGCCGAUUGUUAAAAAUCGGCGAGAGGAGGAAAAAGAUAUAAUUAUUCCGAACGAGUGCAAAAUAUCAAAUCCCGUCAUUGUUGAAUACAGAGGAGAAUUCCUAAUCUUCAAGGGUUCUUGGGUAUGGAGAGUUUCGCGGGAUUUUCGACGUUUAAUCAUAAAACCCACACUGAUUGAACAAGUUUUUCCCGGAUUGCCGUCACCUAUUGAUGCAGCAGUGACUGUCGAAUACAAUCUUUGGGUAUUCGUAGGCAAUUCGAUAUAUGUAAUCAGUGGAUAUCAAAUGUUGCACGCCCCAUUCAAGCUAUCAGAAAUCGGAAUUAACGCCUCUAAUAUCGAUUUGGCCUACGAAUGGCAUUACUUCAAUCCACCGGCUAUCUAUAUUUGGAAGGACGACAAGUAUUGGCGUCUUGAUCCGAAAAGGAAUCAUCGGAAAAUUGACGAACGUUAUCCGAAACCGAUAAAGUUGAACUGGGCUAGAGUGCCGGAGGGUGUUACUUCAGCGUUUACGAAAGAUCGAGAAAUUCAUUUCGUAAAAGGGAGCGAAAUUUAUCGAAUGAACUCGUCAAAAUCGAUAUUAGAUAUUGCUGAUGGUUAUCCGCAACAAUUGCGCUUCCAUUUUUGCCCCCAAUCAGAACGUCUCGUCCGAGAUAACCAAUCCAUGUUCCAUUUCCGAUCACUGCUCUUUCCUUUCUUUGUAUUAACCGUAUAUUUCUUUUAA